AGGGAGAGAGAAGAGAGAGCCUGGCCGUCAGCAUGGCCGCGUCUCAGAGCGGCUCCAACAUCACGCGCAACCUCACCAACCAAUUCGUGCAGCCUCCGUGGCGCGUGGCGCUCUGGUCCGUCGCCUACAGCUCGAUCCUGGCCGUAGCCGUGUUCGGCAACCUGGUGGUCAUGUGGAUCAUCCUGGCGCACAGGAGGAUGCGGACGGUCACCAACUACUUCUUGCUGAACCUGGCCUUCUCGGACGCGUCCAUGGCCGCCUUCAACACGCUGGUCAACUUCGUGUACGCCGCGCACGGAGAGUGGUACUUCGGAGAGGCGUACUGCAAGUUCCACAACUUCUUCCCCGUCACGGCUGUGUUCGCCAGCAUCUACUCCAUGACCGCCAUAGCGGUGGACAGGUACAUGGCAAUCAUCCACCCCCUGAAGCCCAGGCUGUCGGCCACGGCCACCAAAGUGGUGAUCGUGUGUAUCUGGUGUUUUGCGGUGGUUCUGGCAUUCCCCCUCUGCUUCUACUCCACCACCAGGACACUGCCUCGCAGAACCAUCUGCUACGUGGCCUGGCCAAGACCGGCGGAGGAUUCGUUUAUGUACCAUAUCAUAGUGACGGUGCUGGUGUACUUGCUGCCCUUAGUGGUGAUGGGGAUCACCUACACCAUAGUUGGGGUGACACUGUGGGGAAGCGAAAUCCCUGGAGACUCAUCAGACAACUACCACGGCCAGCUACGUGCCAAGAGGAAGGUGGUAAAGAUGAUGAUUGUGGUAGUGGUGACCUUUGCUCUCUGCUGGCUGCCUUAUCACGUGUACUUCAUUGUGACUGGCCUGAAUAAGCGAUUAAACAGGCUGAAAUCCAUCCAGCAAGUUUAUCUAGCAGUGCUCUGGUUGGCCAUGAGCUCCACCAUGUACAACCCCAUCAUCUACUGCUGUCUCAAUGGCAGGUUUAGAGCAGGCUUCAAAAGAGCCUUCCGGUGGUGUCCUUUCAUCCACGUAUCGAGCUAUGACGAGCUGGAGCUGCGCACCACCCGCCUCAACCCCCGCAACCAGAGCAGCAUGUGCACUCUGUCCCGCGUCGACACCAGCGUCCAUGGCGACGACCCCCGCCAGGGCAACCGGAAAAGCACUAAGUCCCAAAACAAAUGUGAGGUCAAUGGCGCUAAAGAGAACCCACCACCUACGACCAAAAAUGGCCACUACAGCGAGCCCACCUUUGCUUCUGAUCAGCUUAACUGAGGGCAUGAAAAAAUAUGUUAUCACUUUUAUAUGUGGUUUGCCAGUUGUUUGGUAUGUUAGGUCCUUCCUUAAUGGGCCCACAUCAUGGGAAAUCAAAAUGUUCUCAUGAGACUUCAAUGGAAUAUGUUAACAUUUUAAAAUAUGCACUCUUAAAAAAGUGCUACAAAGGGUUCUCUAAGC